AUGAAAUACCAAAAAUUUAUUUUGCCACUUGCAUACAUAGCCACAACUAUCCUAGCUGCGGUGGCUAAUGAGGAUUAUGCAGUUGGUGCUGCGGUAGUUUCAAACGAUCAGACAAAAACAGGCCAUGACAAGUCAACUAACAAAUUAGGUGUCAAGCCAUUAGAGGAGGAAGAUAAUCAUCCAACGCCUGACCAUAUGAAACAGCCGUUGGACCCGUACCAAAAAUCAGCAACUGCAGCUGAGGACAACAUUGCCGCAGAAGUUCCAGAAGCCAAGAAUUAUGAUGCUUUUAUUAUGUCGGUAUCAAUGAUUGUUGUCUCUGAAAUCGGAGACAAAACUUUCCUUAUAGCGGCUUUAAUGGCUAUGAGAAAUUCAAGAGUUAUUGUAUUUACUGCUGCAUUUACUUCAUUAGUGGUCAUGACGGUGUUGUCUGGUAUUGUGGGACAUGCAUUACCGACUUUGAUAUCUCAACGCGUCACUCAAUUCUUGGCCGCUGUCUUGUUUGUUGUAUUUGGAGCAAAAUUGCUAAGGGAAGGGUUGAGCAUGUCAAAAGAUUUGGGAGUUGAGGAAGAGUUGGCUGAAGUAGAGGAGGAAAUUGCUUCGAGUAAGAUUAAUACACAGUUAGACGACAUGGAAGGCGGAGCUGGUUCGGCACAGAGUACAAAACGUUCCUGGCUUGAUGAGGUGACGCAACAGUUACAAAAUUUGGCUUCUUUUAUAUUCACACCUAUUUGGAUCCAGGUUUUCGUCAUGACUUUCUUAGGAGAGUGGGGAGACAGAUCUCAAAUCGCCACGAUUGCUAUGGCUGCCGGAUCUGAAUACUGGUAUGUUAUAUUCGGAGCAAUAAUAGGUCAUGGGUUAUGUACUGCUGCCGCAUGUCUUGGAGGUAAGCUUUUGGCUAAAAAGAUUUCCAUGAGAAAUGUGACCUUAGGCGGUGCUAUUGCAUUUUUUGUAUUUUCAAUCUUGUACUUUUACGACGCCUAUUAUAAUGUCGAGAGUUAG